CCUGCUGCUCCUUCCCUUUCCCUGUGCUCCAGCAGAGGUUUUCCGCAGGCUGUAGUCCCUUCGGGAGCAUGGCUGCUCAACCACACAACACCUCCUUCUCCUCUGGCCGUGUUGUUCCUUCUUUUCUUGGAUACACUUUCACAGAGGCACCAGAACCUUGGCUGAUCCAAAGAGGGCUUGUUAUCUACAUAUGCUUCUUCAAAGAUGCUGAUGAGGAUCUCAUUCCAAAAAUUGUCAAUAUGCUGUUGAAUGUUAAAUUAAGUGAAAAUGAAAACGGCGAGUUCGUUUCUGUUCUUGAUUUACCAGGCGAUGUACUUAUCAUACCUCAAGCUACCCUAGGCGGUAAACCAAAGGGAAGAAAGAUGCAGUACCAUGCAAACAUUGAAAAAGAAAAAGGGUUGGAACUUUAUUCUCAGUUCGUGACUUUGUGUGAGAAAGAACUGGCUGCCAAUUCCAAAUGCGUGGAAGCAGGUGUUCAUGUCAAGCAUGGCACAUACGGAAACAGGCAGGUGUUAAAACUGGAUACAAAUGGACCUUACACUCAUCUGAUUGAAUUUUGAAAAAAUAAAUUGUAUCUCAGAUACAGUACUGGUGUCUUUUUUUCUCCCUUCCUAAGAAUUAAUGUGCUUGAAUGCUUUGGGAGAUAGAUACAGUGUAAAAAGGUACUGGUGUUGCCAAUGCCAUUGAAUACAAGGAUGCCUGAGACUGCUUUGCUAUAAUGAGUAUCCAUUUUAUGCUCAUAUGCAUCUGAAGUGUGCUCAAAAUAAUUGUUAAUAUUGAUCCAAUAAUUUGAAAGGUUUAUUAACAAAAAUGGGAUAAUGCAUUUGUUUCUUACUAAAAAAUAAUGAAGUGUUUCAUGUAUAGCUUGAGUAAGUGGUUUAUAGAUUAGAAAAAAGAAUACUGUACAUGUACUUAUGUUUCCAGAUUUCCUGAGUCAGUUUUUGCCUUUCUGUUUUCUAACUAUAAAAUGGCAAUGCUUUCUAACUAGCCAAUACAUAGAAAACACAAAAUCACUGAAUUUUUAGCCUUUUAGAGAGUAGGUACUGAAUAAGAAAGUCCAUCCUCCUCAUCGAGAGUGUGUAGGGCUGGAAGACUUAAGGUAGUACUGGGCUGCUCAUGGGCUAUGUAGGGAAGAAUAAGUGAGGCACAUCAAGAAACCAGCAGUACCACUGAAUUGCUUUCUUGAAGUUUGCGUUCUGAAAUCUCUGAUGUGUUUUGAUAGGCUGCUUGCUAUAGCUUGGUCUGUGUCCUUGUUACUGCGGUCUUGCUGUCUACUCAAUUCUUUCAUAACAGAGCCUCGGGAAAAGAACAGAAACAUUCAAAUGAAAACAAAAGUAAAGAUGGUACAUUGUAUGCAGCCAUCUCAUUGUUCCCACUGCCCCUAUUGCUUCCUUCAGGCUUUUUUUCUAUUGAAUCUGCCAGGCAGAGACUAGUUUUCAUUUUAUAGACAGUGUUGGUACAUUUGGGGCCCCAUUCCCAGCUGACUCCCUAUGCAGUACUGUUAUAAACAUUAUUAACAGAUGGGGUUAAGAAGCUGUAAUGGGAAAUUCUCUCUUGUAAGGCAGUGAGAACAGAACAGCUGUAUUAAAAUGUGGCAAAUUCAAAACUGAUUCAAAUAUGCUUAUCCUGUGAGUCAAGUUUCUCUUUUACUGCAGCAUUAUGGCUUAGAAGGAUUCAAAGUGAAAUUAGACAUUUAUAUGGUUUGCAAUAAUUAUCCAAAAUUGCCAUUUAAUUAACAAAUUAUUCUGGAAAAGACCUAAAACCUCAUGGAUGAUGAGGUUACCAGCUUGUACAAUCCUAACUUGUAGGUCAGUAGUUACAAAAUUCUGUCCUUAUCUUUAUUUUUGUAAAAAAACAUUACUGAAUGUGUAAUCCGCAGACUCAAAGUUAUGUCAUUAGAAUGACAUUUUUUUUUAACAGAUACAAAGCUUGUAGUUUUGAUAAGAGAGUAAUGAGAUUUUUUUCAGAUUACAUAAUAUAUGAUUAAUAAUUACAAAAUACAUAAGGAUGCUGAAUUCCUGGCAACUGACACUCUCAGAGUUGAAAGCAACCAUUUACACAAAUGGCCUGGAAAUAUUAGCUAUUAGGUCCCAAAUGAUAUGUUUAUUCAUUAAUAAUUAACAGUUGUGAUAGACACAAUAUGAGUUAUGUUCUCAGUUCCUACUAGCAACAUUUAACUAAGAUUGUCUUGAUAUGAAUAACUAAUAGAAAUUCAUUUUAAUCUGUG